UUUGACGUGGAUUACGUGAUGACGUAAGAUUGUGUUUUGACAGUGCAGCUGCAUUGUGAAAGACAGACAAGUGACUGCAUUUAGUCAUGGCACUGAGGAGCCUUGUGUGUCGUCUCCUGAGGAACCGAUGUGUSUUGGUCUCAGCCUCCAGAACACAAGGAACCGCAGCAGUGGCUCAGCAUGGUGCUCAGAAGUCUGAACAGAAAUCUAAAACAUCUAAAGUCCAGUUCAACUGGCAAGAUGCCCUGGACCUGGAGGGCCAGCUGAGUGAGGAGGAGAUCAUGAUCAGGGAUUCCUUUCGGACCUACUGCCAGGAGAAGCUGAUGCCUCGCAUUCUGAUGGCAAACAGGAAUGAAGUGUUUCACAGAGAAAUAGUGUCUGAAAUGGGAGAGAUGGGAGUCCUGGGUCCAACGAUUAAAGGUUAYGGCUGUGCUGGGACAAGCUACGUGGCGUACGGUUUGAUCGCCAGAGAAGUAGAGAAGGUGGACAGCGGGUACCGCUCCGUCAUGAGCGUGCAGUCCUCUCUGGUCAUGCAUCCUAUUAACGCCUACGGCUCAGAGGAGCAGAAACAAAAGUAUCUCCCCAGGCUGGCUCGUGGAGAGAUUUUGGGCUGCUUCGGUCUGACAGAACCAAAUCACGGYAGUGACCCUGGCGGCAUGGAAACAAGAGCCAGAUAUAAUCCGUCCAGUCGCACCUACACCCUCACCGGCUCAAAAACCUGGAUCACCAACUCUCCUGUGGCAGACAUUGCAGUGGUCUGGGCUAAAUGUGACGAUGGGAAGGUUCGUGGCUUCAUCUUGGAGCGUGACAUGAAGGGCUUUUCCACACCUAAGAUUGAAGGAAAGUUCUCUCUGAGAGCCUCGGCCACUGGGAUGAUCCUCAUGGAUGAUGUAGAGGUUCCYGAGGACAACCUGCUGCCUAAAGCCUCCGGCCUGGGGGGUCCAUUUGGUUGCUUGAACAAUGCUCGGUAUGGUAUUGCAUGGGGUGCCCUGGGUGCUGCAGAGUUCUGUUUCCACACGGCUCGUCAGUACACGCUCGACAGAAUUCAGUUUGGGGUGCCUCUGGCCAGGAAUCAGCUGAUGCAGAAGAAAAUGGCUGACAUGUUGACAGAGAUCACAAUCGGCCUGCAGUCCUGUCUGCAGCUGGGCAGACUGAUAGAUGAGAAAAG